UGUCGGUUUCAUCAAGUUUUUCCGAUAACCGGAAGACUGACCCAAACUAUUUCAGUUCGGUUUGAAACCUUCUUUAACCUCAAUUACCUCAAACCUCUAAAUAGAGAAUUAUACGAAAAAAAUAAAAUUAAAACCUCUCAAAAAAGAAAGAGGAUAUACCAGACAUUGAAGAGGCUUUUUAUAAAUGCAUUUUUAUAUUUUUUAACUCCAAUAGCUCUCUCCUUUUUUGUAAAUAAAAGUGCAGUUUAUUGCCGUUUAUUUAAGCUAUUUUUUAUCCUUUUUUACUAAAAACUCUCUCUCUCUUGCCUUUUUUGUAAGAAAAUAUCCAAUAUAUUUAUCCAACUUUGAAGAUGUUUUUUAAUAAUAUUUAUGUUUACUUCUAAAGUAAAAUUAAAAUUAUUUCUCUUCUCUCAAAAAAUAACUAUACACAAAUAUUUUUAUUUAAUUCCAUUGCCCUCAUUUUUUUGUUUGUUGGGAGGGAGGAAGAAAAUUGUUUUUGGUAGGAGAGCUAUGUUCUGUCAUUAUAAAUAUAUCCUCGCUCUCAUUGAGGAUACCACAAUUUUCUUUUUGGGUUUAAUUCGUUUUAUAUAA